GCUCGGACGCGUUCCAAGUACGAUGCUGGCCUUCCAUCGCCGGGUCCUGCGACCCCAGACGCUUCGCCUCUCGGGCGCGACGGUGCUGCGGUCGCAGUCGCUCGUGCUGGCGACGUGGAAGCAGACGCACCGCGUCUCGAGCAUCAAGACCAUGUACCAGCAGCAGCGCUGGCUGUCGCAGUCGCGGCCUGCCUUUUCGUCGGCGGCGCCGCCGGCCACGGGCAGCUACUUUGGCUCGUACAGCGAAGAAACGGGUGAGUGGGAGCCUGAGCGUGACCACCUCGAAGGCUUCCAGAGCGACCACGUCGCGGCGAACGAGAUGACCUUGCAGGCGCUCAUCCGCCUCGACAUCAAUGGCGCCCGGCGGCUCUUCCGCAAUGUGCUCCAGCACCACUACUACCACGACAUGGAGAUGUGGAACAAGUGGGCGACCAUGGAGUGGCGCGACGGCAAGGUCAUGCUUGCGCGCAAGAUCUUUACCAAAGCGUCCAAAAUCUGCUUCAGCGCGAGUCUCUGGCAGUCGUGGGCGACGAUGGAAGGCGACAUUGAAAACUUCAACGAAGCACGCCGUCUCUUCAACGUCAUCAUUGCGGCCGACGCCGGCAAGACGACGCAGACCGCGAUGGCCGGUCUCGGCUUGGCCUUGGUCGAAGAUCGCAGCGGCAACACGGACAAAGCCAGAAAGCUCUUUAUCGCGUACAAGAAGAAAUUUCCGGACGACAUCCACUUGGCCGAGGCCUACGCCCUCUUCGAGGGCCGCCACGGCCACAUGAAGCUCGCGCGGCAGCUCUUUACGCAAGCGACGCAAAUGGCGCUCUGCACGCCCCAAGUCUUCCACGCGUGGGCACAGCUCGAGUACGAACGCGGCUUUUACGGCGAGGCCGUGGUCGUCUUGGACCAAGGCCUCGAGUCGGCGCCGUACGAUAAGAAGCAGUUUAUGUUGCGUGCAAUGAGCCUUGCAAAGCUCGGCGAUGUCGAUGGCGCCCGCGACGCGUUCCGCGAAUACACCAAGUUGUCGUCGAUCGACGAGCGUGCGUACAAUGCGUUCGCGCAGUUUGAAGACGGUCUUGGCAACCACGGCGCAGCGCUCAAGAUCUACCAUACCGUGCUCAAGCACAACCCGGGGAGCAUCUCAAACAUCACGUCGCUGGCGUACCUUCAUCUUCGCACGGACGCCCAGCAUGGCCUCGACGACGCGCGCGAGACAUUCUCGACCGGCGUCGCCAUGGUCCCCGACAGUGCGCAGCUGUGGCACAACUGGGGCAUUCUGGAAGAGAAGCACGGCGAUGUGGAUCGGGCCAAAGAGUACUACGAAAAGGCGACGCACCUCUCGCCGUGGUCGGCGAGCUACUGGUGCUCGUUGGCCAAGAUGGAGGCCAAGCGCGGCAAUAUCGAGUCGGCUCGCGUUGUCUUGGACCUUGCGACGCAGCAGUGCAGCAACCGUGUGAUGCUACUCACGACGUUGGCCAAGAUCGAGCGACGCGCCAAGAACACAAAGCGAGCUCGGGACGCGUGCACGGCCGCCCUCAAGGUCGACAAGAAGCGGGCCGCGACGUGGAACCUCCGUGCCCUGGUCGAGAUGCCGCACCACCCCGAGAAGGCCAAGAACCUCAUCGAGAGCGCGCUCAAGCUCAUUCCGACGCACGACCACAUGAGCUGGAGCAUCCUUUUGUGCACGUACGGCCGCGCCCACGCCGCGCUCGGCGACUACCAGAACGCCAUGAUUGCGUUCAAAGAGUCCAUUCGCCUCCACGAGCGCAACCCAGCCACGUACGAGUACCUCGCCGAGUUCCUCGUGCAAAUCGGCCACGUGGACGAAGCCAUCAAGCAGCUGCGCCUCCUCACGCUCAUUUGCCCCGCCGAGCGGGUCGCGAGUGUCGAAGCGCGCUUGCGCGAGCUCGAGCCGCCGGCUGCGGCCGAGAGCGCCGAGGCAUAAGCAUGGAUCCACAUCGUGUUAAGGUCUCUGUUUCUGAC